AUGCCGCCCCGAAAGGAGCCCAAAGAGUCGGUGGUAUACCCCUCGAGCAAACGCAAAACACCCGCCUUCAAACCACUGAAGCCAGUAACAAAAGUCCCCCGGAUUGCGACAACAGAUCCCGAAAGCUCCGUCAAAUCGCGUCCUGCAGCGAAGAAGGCACCUGCAAAGAAGCCUGCAGCGCAGAGCAUACCGCUGGAAUCUAGCGAUGAGGAUGAUGACGAUCUUGCGGAUCUUGCGAAGGAUGAUGACUCCGACUCGCUUGGGGAGGAUCCCCUAGCAGUGUCGAAGAAGAAGCCACAGUCAAAGGCAACAACGUCCCGCAGACCAUCUAAUGAGGCCAUGUCGAUAUCCUCCGAACACCCUAAUGACCCUCCGGACACGACGACUUCCAAUCCGGAUCCCAUGCCAACACAAUCAGACUCUACGCCUUCAAUCCCACAGCCUCUUCUCCUCCGCCUCUUACAUGAAGCCUUCGCGGACAAGAACACCAACAUCGAUACGCAGGCGAUCCAGGUGUUUCAGAAGUAUGUGGAGGUGUUCGUAAGGGAGGCGAUCGCGAGGACGAAGGCGGAGAAGGAAGAGGCUGCGGAGGGGGGGGAGGUUGCGACGCAGUCGGAUGUAGGCUGGUUGGAGGUGGAGGAUCUGGAGAAGGUUGCGCCGGGGUUGGUGUUGGACUUCUUAUGA